GUCUGAAGCUGGAGUUCCCUCUAGCUGUAGUCGGAGGAUUAAUGGGGGUCUGUCGAAUUAUGCGAACAAGCUAGCUAGCUGCAGCGGUUCUGGAUCCUGGAAAGUCAUCGGGGCAGGGACCAACUGAAAAGGGGAAUAUUAUUUUUUAUUAGAGAAAUAAUACCAGCUGUUAGAGGAGUCUUGGCUUCUCCAGCAGCAGAGUCCGGGCCUUGCUGGGUGCUACAGUAGAGUCUGAGGGGGUAGCGUUAGCUACGUUCGAGGGGUAGAGAUACACGCAAAGAACUGGUUUCGACGAUUUCUACUGUACCUAGGGAGCCGAGAAACAUUAGUUGGCUAGCAGUUUACUGCAACCCAAAGGUAGCUACAUAGCUAACUCACAGAGCUAGCUGGCGUUUAUUCGCUAGCUAGCUACUUAGCUAGCAAACGUUACCUACGGACUUUUUUCAACGCAAGGUAGAACAAACAACGGGGAGAUACCACGAUUGGUAUAGACGUGUUGCGAAUUAUGUUUGUAGACUACGUGCGCAUCGACUCUAGAUAUUGAAGACUCGAUUGAGAAGUGGACGUAACGAAAAUCGCAAGAAAUUCUGUAUCAAGGGAUCUCCUACCUGGCCUGCAAUCAUGGGCAACGCGCCCACCGCCAAGAACAAGGGCAACGAGAUGGAGAGUGUGAAGGAGUUCCUCGCCAAAGCCAAAGAAGACUUCCUGAGGAAAUGGGAGAACCCUGCACAGAACACCGCAGCCCUUGACCAGUUUGAUCGGUUGAAGACCCUGGGCACAGGCUCGUUCGGACGGGUCAUGCUGGUACGACACAAAGAAACGGGCCAGCAUUUUGCCAUGAAGAUCCUUGACAAACAGAAGGUGGUGAAGCUCAAACAGAUAGAGCACACGCUGAACGAGAAGCGCAUCCUGCAGGCUGUCAGUUUCCCCUUCCUAGUGCGGCUGGAGCACUCCUUCAAGGACAACACAAACCUGUACAUGGUCAUGGAAUACGUUCCUGGGGGCGAGAUGUUCUCUCAUUUAAGGAGAAUUGGCAGGUUCAGUGAGCCCCAUGCCCGCUUCUACGCUGCCCAGAUCGUCCUGACCUUCGAGUAUCUCCACUCACUAGACCUCAUCUACCGAGACCUUAAGCCGGAGAACCUGCUCAUAGACCAGCAAGGUUACAUACAGGUAACAGAUUUUGGGUUUGCCAAAAGGGUGAAAGGUCGGACCUGGACGUUGUGUGGCACCCCAGAGUACCUGGCCCCUGAAAUCAUCCUCAGCAAAGGUUAUAAUAAAGCUGUUGAUUGGUGGGCUUUGGGGGUGCUUAUUUAUGAGAUGGCCGCAGGUUACCCCCCAUUCUUUGCUGACCAGCCCAUUCAGAUCUACGAGAAGAUUGUCUCGGGAAAGGUGCGCUUUCCAUCGCACUUCAGUUCGGACCUGAAGGACCUGCUGCGUAAUCUGCUGCAGGUGGACCUGACCAAGCGCUUCGGCAACCUCAAGAACGGCGUCAACGACAUCAAGGGCCACAAGUGGUUCGCCACCACCGACUGGAUCGCCAUCUACCAGCGGAAGGUGGAGGCUCCUUUCAUCCCUAAGUGCAAAGGUCCUGGAGACACCAGCAACUUCGAUGACUACGAGGAGGAGGAGAUCCGGGUGUCUUUCACAGAGAAGUGUGCAAAGGAGUUUGCCGAGUUCUGAACGCACCCAGGUGCAGCAGAGGCAGAGUGGGGACAAAGAGGAAGAGGAAAAGUGGAGGGGAGGAACAGAGAAAGAGCAAAGGGUUAAGGGGGAGGGGGGGCAUAAAGGUGGAAAAAAAACGGGACUGCCGACCUGCACAUAGAAAGAGCGACAACAACAAUGUACAACCCCCCUCCCUCCUUCCUUCCCUUCCUCGGAAGGAGCAAUGAAGUGGUCCAGAUAGAGCCAGCAGUGUUGCCUUCUCCGAUUGUUUCUCACCUAUUACUUAUCCAUUUAAUGUUUUCCCCCCUCUUUCUAUCUCUUGGUCUGGUGGCAGAGAUGCAGUCCACUUUUUUUCUUCUUGUAAUCCGUCGUCAUUGUUUUUGGUUAUUUUUUUCUUUUUAAAAUCAAGGCAGAGUGACACUGUUGAGUCACUGCAGCUGGUUGCUGGCGUUGAUGUCUAUGUGGUGCUGGGCUGCAGCCCUUCCCAGGGUGGGUUAUCUCUGGGGGUGCUUGUCAGUGAACAAGGGCAUCACCAUCACUGCUUGGUUAUUAGAAACCACACGUCACCCCAUCUGGACACACACACACUCAGUCUGCCCUUGCUCCUUAACCUUCACCUGCCCAAGCAAUACAAAGUUCAGCUCUAAUGUCUCUACUGUGCCUGUCAUGAUGGCAGCUUUUUCAGUGGUCGUGCUGAAAAGUACCUCCACUGGGAUUCAGCUUGUGGCGGCAGCGAACCCUCUCUGUUCUGUCUUUUUUCUUUCUUUUUCUUGAGAAUUGAAAUCAUGAUGCCUGAUGCAUCACCACACCACACACACACACACACACACUCAUCGAUUAUGUGUUUAUAUUGUGGCACGAUUGUUAGUAUUUUUUUUACUUUUUUUCUUUAUUUUUUUCCAGCGCUUUCUGUUCCAUCAUGGUUGACCACUUAAAAAGCAAGACUAGAUUUGAGUCAUGUACCGAAAGUUGGUCUCUCAGCAGGUUUGUCAUGUAGGUCUUAAUUGUCCUAGGGACCUAUCAGUUAGCAGACCUAUGCUCAGCCUUUUGUAGGGAUAAUUAUGUCCAUCUGUGGGUGGCUCUCAUGAAUGAGGUUUUUCCCCUUUUUUUUUUGUUAAUAACCUUUAUGCGAAUAAUGUGUGUCUUCUUAAGUGUGUGUGUGAGUGUUUGUUUAGUUGUUUGGACAGAAUCUAUAAUGUGUUUUCCUUUUUUUUUAGUAAUCACCACCAUUUUUAUGAUCACUCCUGAGCAUAGAUUCUUGUAGCACAUAAAUAUAAAUCGAUAUGAUUGACUCCACACCCUUUCAUUCACUCCUAUCGCUUUUUCUCGCCUUUAAUAGCUGUGGAAUAAAAGUUUUUUUUUGGUUGUUUUACAAAUAAACUGACAUGAUAUCUGCCAAAAUCACAAAUGUUGACGGCAUUGUUGAGAGCCUAAAUGCUAUGUAAGUAAUUUAAGUGAUGGGAGACUGUAAAGAGGGGGGAAAAGUAGCAAAACGCAAAACGUUUCAGAUACAUGGUGCAUGCCAUUUUUGUAGAUAACACGUAUAAAAGGGUAAGUAACACUUUUCUUUGGUUCUUCUCGGUAUCUGUUUGGGCCAGGUUUCACAAGGUUGUGGGUAUCUUUUUUUUUUUUUUUUUUUUUUUGGAGGUGGGGUGGAGGUUAUUGUUGGUGUGUUUGUGUGUGUGUAUGCCUUUGUUUCUGUUGCUUCAUAAUAUUUGAAGGGAGCUUAGGGAGUGAGUGUAGAUUUGUUACUAUAUGCCAGGUUUGAGGUUUUUUUUUUUUUUUUUUUUUUAAAGUUCUACUCAAGACCCCCCCCCCCCCCCAGCUUGGGCUACAAGAUCCGUGAACUUUUUCGUCUGCUUUUCUUUUAAAGCAGCUUUUUAAAUUGUCCAGUCAAUCCCUCUCUAGCCUCUGACAUGUCCUACCCCUCCUUAACUCCAUUAACAAAGACACUUUUUUUCUGGAUGUGUAUUCUGGAAACCAAUGCGUCCAUGUCGCUUACAAUUCCAUCUGUAAAUGGAAAAAAAAUCUACCUAUAAUGUACAGAAAUUAAUCAUUGCAAGAGGGUCAUUUUAAAGUCUGCUAGCCCGGUUACAUUUUGGACAGGAUUCCCUGUGUGUACUGCAGGAUGCGAGACAAUCUAUGGCCUAAUCCCCAACACGGUUGGCUUUUUAAGAACCCUGUGCAAUAAUGCAAAACAAUUUGUUUAUGUCCAAACUUUUACUUUUGGCUUCUUGGUUGAUGUGAACUUCUUUCAUACUCAUUUCAUUAUCUUUGGCCCAUCCGCCCAGUCAGUUGUUCUUUUGCCAGCUGCAACAGCACACAGCUGAUAUGUGUUGGUGUUUUUCUUUUUGUUUCUUCAAUGAACAUUAACACAUUGUUUUGUCAUGACAUUUAGGCUAGUUUAAAUUAUUUCAACUGAAUGUUCACAAAUCUAAUAGUCUGUUGCCAGCUUAUUAAACCUUUCAAAUGCUAUUUUUGUUUGGAAGGACUGGGUUAAUUGACUCAAUAGAACUGAUGAAUUCUGUCUUGUAAAAAAUGUAUGUGUAUGAAGGAGGAAACAUACUGGGUUUCAGAGAUUUCUCGAAGGGUCCCUGCACAGUGUAAUGCUUUACUGCAUUGCAGGUUAGUGGUUAUGGUUAGGUGAUGAAGCACCUUUCUCCUGCAAAAUCCUCUCAAAGUGAUUUUCAAAUGUGAUGAAGAUGCAAAAAAGGAUUUGCACAUUUUCUGGAGCGAUGUGCAAGGCACUCAUCAUGUUUGUUUUCUCACCUUUAUUUACCACUCCUGUCAUAUUUAGAGUGGAGGUCACAUAUGGAUGUCCACCGAAUCGGGCCUGGUGUUGGUGCAGGCCUCACGCUCUUAACUCACGUCGUUCACAUUACUAUUGUUCGAAGUGCGGCAGUGGUGUGCGCCACCUGGUGGCUGUAUAACACACCGACACUGGGUGUGCAGAUUUAGGAGGUUGGUUUUAAGUUUUUGGUCUCUGGGGUGUGGAUGAUAGCACAGUGCUUCAUAAAAAAAAGGAAAGAGCAGAACCGAAAUGGUUUGUAAAGGAGCAAUCACCUUCAUAAUAUACAUGUGAAUGACACCGAGUACUUAAUAGCCUAUCUGGCUCUUUUAACCUUUCUUGAACGGUGUCGAUUGUCAACAUUUCCCUCUUCCUUGUUUCCCCUCCUUCCACCGUUUUGCUCUAUUGUGGUCACCAGUUCAUGCUUACCUUUGCUUUUGUAUGCAUCCACUCUCCCUUACGCACUUCUUAGGCUACAGACAUUUCGCUUUAUGAAUCAUGGAGGAAAAAAAUGUUGAUUUUUUUUUUUUUGUCAUUUUUUUUUCUAAAUGUAUAAAUAACAGGAAUCUUUCCUCCCGAUGCAGGUAUGGUGAUGGUGUAGUCUGUUGUACCUUUUUUCGGGGAACAAUACUGUAUAUCUCUGCCUUUAUCAGUCUUAAUUAUUUUACCUUCUGGAUAACUUGACAGAUACCCUUAGCACACAUCGAGUAUGUUAAAAAAAAAAAAGUAAUAUUUUACAACAUGUAUCAUUCCAAUAAAGUUUUACUUGUUAAAAUUA